UGAUGUUUAGGGAUUGUUUUCUUCAUUGAUUUUUGCAUCAGAAAAUGGCUUCCAGAACCACUGGAACGCUGAUUCUGGCGUGUAUGUUAUGGGUUUUCAUGCUUUGCGCAACCAUUGCAUUCUUUCAGCUCAAAUUGGUAGAGAAAGGAACGGACAACGGUUCUUCUCAGAACAAGUUCAUCACAACUCAACAUCAUCUUCCAGAUACCCCAUUGGGCGAAGAUUUGGAGGAUGUGACCCACAAGGUGUAUUUUGAUAUAGAGAUCGAUGGAAAAUUAGCGGGUCGCAUAGUCAUGGGCCUUUUUGGGAUUACGGUACCGAAAACUGUAGAAAACUUUCGAGCACUUUGUACGGGAGAGAAAGGGAUGGGAAGAAGUGGGAAGCCUCUUCAUUAUAAAGGGAGCGCAUUCCAUAGGAUUAUACCGAGCUUUAUGGUCCAGGGGGGUGAUUUCACCCGUGGUGAUGGAAGAGGUGGAGAAUCAAUCUAUGGUGAUAAGUUUGCUGAUGAAAACUUCAAGCUGAAGCAUACUGGGCCAGGAUACUUAUCGAUGGCAAAUUCUGGGCAAGACACCAAUGGCUCCCAGUUUUUCAUAACAACAGUCAAAACCAGCUGGCUGGAUGGACGACAUGUUGUAUUUGGAAAGGUACUUUCCGGGAUGGACGUUUUGUACAAGAUUGAAUCAGAAGGAAGUGAAAGCGGCUCGCCCAAAGUCAAGGUUGUCAUAUUAGACAGUGGGGAAUUAACUUCAUGACAUUGUUUAUAUAAUAAGUUGAGACUGAUUCUACUACAGUAACUACUCAGCUUUUCCCUCUACCAUGAUUCACAAAUUCUUUGUGUAUACUUUUAUCAUAUAGUAAAUAAACAAAAUUUGCAGACUAAAAGUUUGUAUUCAUGUAAUUUUUCUAUUUUGCUUGUCUAGACAUCAUGAUGAAGAAUGCUAU